UGUAUAUUCCAGGUACCGGCUGAGAAUACAUGAAUCACAGCUCAGGAAGAAUCCCCUGCUCUUGAUAAGACAGUGGUACAUUCCUUCGAUUGUGAUUCUCCACUAAAUUGGUUGCUGUGCAUUUAAUUCUCUUCCCAUCUUUCACUGCUUAGAGGUCUUGUGCAGCAUCUGCCCAAUUGGUUUGUGGUUUGAGGAAAAAAUUAAGCAAUUCUUUAAUCCACUCUUCUCAUUAAACAACUGGGGAGACUGCAGGAAAGUGCAAGCAAGGACUGAGCUGCAGAGGAUGGAUGGUGUGAGUAGCAACAGGACAAUGUCUUACAGCCGAUGGAGUUAUGACAGUGUUUUAGAUGACGAGAGCAGCAAUCUGCGACAACAAAAGCUUGACAGACAGAGAGCUUUGCUAGAGCAGAAGCAGAAGAAAAAACGUCAGGAGCCACUCAUGGUUCAGUCCAAUGUGGACAGUCGCACCAGGGCACGCAGAAUGAAACAAUCAGAAGAACAAGCACCAUUGGUUGAAUCUUACCUCAACAGCAGCACCAUUUAUCAUGCAGUACAGGAGGCUGAGCCAGAAGAUGUAAAGAUGGUAGCGGACUCACAAGCCCCGAAAUCAACUAAAAAAACCAAGGCAGGCACAGGAGGAUGCCAGACUGGCAACACCAGACUGGAGAAAAAGGGAAAACACAAAGGCAUUGAUGGUCCAGCUGCUUUCCAAGAUGAUGUAAAGGAAAUUGGGAGCCGGGUUCAGAUCCUUACUGUUGGAGAAGCUGGUCAAGAUGAGGAUGAUGGUGAGAUAAUAGCUUCCAGUCAGCAACAAGGCAAGCAGGAUCUUAGAGUAACGAUGCAGAAGAAAGGUAUUUCGAGUAGCAUGAAUUUUGAUGAAGAGGAGGAUGAGGAUGAUGAAGACAGUUCAAGUUCCUCACAGUUGAAUAGUAAUACCCGACCAGGUUCUGCAACAAGCAAAAAAUCAAACAAGGAAACAGCCUCAGGGCCCAGCCCUUCAACUAAUAACCUUGUGAUAGAUGUUGAUGACCUGGAGGAGUUUGCUGUGAGGCCUGCUCCUCAGGGUGUUACUGUCAAAUGCAGAAUCACGAGAGACAAGAAGGGGAUGGAUCGCGGAAUGUACCCUACAUACUACCUCCACUUGGAAAGGGAGGAUGGUAAAAAGGUAUUUUUGUUAGCUGGAAGAAAGCGAAAGAAGAGCAAAACCUCAAAUUACCUCAUCUCCAUUGACCCAACAGACUUGUCACGAGGCGGAGAGAGUUUCUUUGGAAAACUGAGAUCAAACCUUAUGGGGACAAAGUUUACAGUUUAUGAUAAUGGAGUAAAUCCAAUGAAAACAACAUUGAGUUUAGAAGCAAGUAAUCUGCGGCAGGAGCUGGCUGCUAUUUGCUAUGAGACAAAUGUUUUGGGCUUCAAAGGUCCUCGCAAAAUGAGCGUCAUCAUUCCAGGCAUGAAUAUGGACCAUGAGAGAGUUUCCAUCAGACCACGCAAUGAACAUGAAACACUUCUCUCAAGGUGGCAGAAUAAAAACACUGAGAGUGUCAUUGAGCUGCACAACAAAACACCUGUCUGGAAUGAUGACACUCAGUCUUAUGUUUUAAAUUUUCAUGGUCGUGUCACACAAGCCUCAGUGAAAAACUUCCAGAUCAUUCAUGAUAAUGAUCCUGACUAUAUAGUGAUGCAGUUUGGCCGUGUGGCUGAGGAUAUUUUCACCAUGGACUACAACUAUCCAAUGUGUGCACUUCAAGCUUUUGCUAUUGCCCUGUCUAGUUUUGACAGCAAGCUGGCUUGUGAAUGAAUAAGCUAAAUCCAGGCCUCUCUACAGCCAAAACCAUGUGCCACCGGAAGAAGAAAACAAACAUUCCACAUUUUUCUCUGGUGUUAGUGGUUUCAUACUGUCAUGGGGCAGGUAAAUUUUCUUUUGCAAAGGACCAACCCUUUCGCUGGAGAGAAAAUAUUUUAAAAUUCAGGACUUUCAAGAAAUAUCUCCCUCCCUACACACACCCAUUCUCUAUUUUUCUGGAAGUGGCAGCAGAAAUGUGUAAAUAGAAGUCCUAUCUAUUGUUCUCAGUUAUUUUAUGAAGAUGUGUCAUGAUGUACUAUAUCAUGGCUGAAGUAAAAUCACCACUGAGAGUGGUGUGUCUUUUUCUCCCUAAAUCCACGAAAGCUACUACAACGCAAAUCUGGUUUUGGAUUUAAGAAGUAUUCAGAGGCAGUAAGGGUAUCUCAAAAUGGCAUUAAAUACCAUGAGAACUGCACAUCAUCCACCUUAGAAACAAGACCACAAGAAAGCUGCACUUUUUAAAAACAAAAAGAAAAACAGAUAAAGGUAGCAUUUAAGACUGCACUUCAUUUGGGAUAUUAUUUAUGUGGGCAGGACCUGGUGGAUCUUUUAUUCUGGCUGAGGAUGGAGGGGGGAGAAGUGGGAAGCACAAAUUAAAUAUUGCACAAGUCACUUGUAUUCCAAGGUGUCAUAAAAUGCAUUUUCAUUUCAGUCUCACUUAUAAAAGCAAAUUCACUGAUAUUUUAUAAAGGGUGGUGGUGAAUACCUCAACAUUGCCAUAUGAAUGCUAGUAAUAUAUGUUGCACUACAAUAGUAAUUCAAAACUGGGAUAAUUCUUUUUGUCAGAAAGAGUGCAUGUGCUUUACCUGAUGUCUCAUGCUCCAUCUAUGACAUGUUCUGGUAAGACUCUGGAGCAUCACAGUUGGGAAAGACUUCUGCCUAUGACCCUGGAGAACUCCUGCCCCUCAAGACAGACCAGAGGGUUGAGGUCUGACUUGAUAUAAGGCAGCUUCAUAGGCUGUAAUGAUUUUAAGUAAUUGUAGUUUCACUAUUCAGAUGAAGACUUCUUCAUACACCUGCCUCUUUAAGGCAGUCAUGUAGACGAUUCUGGAACUAUUAUAAAAUGUCCUUACCAUUUUGACUUGUUCCUUUCCAUAUACAAUAUGAGUUUUUGUUAUUUUCCAUAGAAAGAUCUAUUGGAUGCAUAUUGAUGUGAGUAUGAAAGUGCCAGUGACUGAGCAGAGCUUGGAAAAGUUACUUUUCUGAGCUCAGAAACUGGGCUGGAGCCUGUUUUUUCCACCUAGAUGUUAGGCCCUUAUCACACAGAGGGUUUUGCAGCUCUGAUCCAGAGCCACUGCGGGUCUAACCUUGCGAAUUCAUGUUAAAACAUGAUGUAU